AUGGAUGAAAAUCACGAAAUCCUCGAAGAGCUAAAACUCCACGAUGAUAUCUUGUACGGCGAGUUCAAGGAAAACUACUGGAACUUGACAGUCAAGGAGCAAAUGUUCUUCUCUUGGACGACGCAAAACGCACCUAAUGUUAAAUUUGUCUAUCGCGGCGAUGAUGACACUUUUCUGAACCCGCUGAAAAUAUUGGAGUUUUUUGAGGAAAAAUGGGACCUCGCUGAGGAUGAGGCGGCAAUGUGGGGAAUGAAAUUUGGCAGUGGAUAUGACUCAACGAUUGAGAAACAAGAGUUCAGAGACAAAAUUUAA